GUGUGUCUACACGCCGUAUAUAAAACUCCCCCUCGGUGCGAGUGGCUGAUUGACUGUCGUAUCACCCAUCUCUAUUGCUGCAAUUAAUUCGCUACUGCAACCUUUGUCCAUUAUGUUCCCCAGUACCCUCUCGACGGCUGUUUUGGCCCUUGCCCCCAUCUUGGUGUCGGCGCAGACAUACACAGCAUGCAACCCGCUUCUCACAAGCUGCCCCGCGGACCCAGCUUUCGGUAAGGAUACAGUACACUGCGACUUCACUAAAGGACCAUGCAGCGAAUUCAGCCCCCUCGCGGGUACGACACUCGAGUACACCCCCAACGGUGCUGCGUUUACCAUUGCGACCCUCGGCCAAGCGCCGACGGUUGCGACUGGCAAAUACAUUCUGUUUGGUCGCGUGGACAUCGAAGUACAGGCCGCCGCCGGCCAAGGAAUCAUUACGAGCGCAGUUCUGCAGUCGGAUGAUCUGGACGAGAUUGACUGGGAGUGGAUUGGAGGCGACAAUACGCAGGUGCAGUCUAACUACUUCAGCAAAGGCGACACCACGACCUACGACCGGGGUCAAUUCCACCCCGUGGAGAACCCUGUCGGCUCUUUCCACGUCUACUCCAUCGAGUGGACAUCCAAGGCUGUCAACUGGAUCAUCGGAGACCAGGUUGUUCGCACCUUGACCUACGAUGAGGCCAAAGGCGGUACUGCAUUCCCCCAGACUCCAAUGCAAAUCAAGCUUGGCACGUGGGUGGGCGGCAGCCCGUCUGCCGCUCCUGGAACAGUCAUCUGGGCUGGAGGUCUUACCGACUUCUCCCAGGGUCCGUUCACCGGCUAUUACAAGAGCAUCUCCGUGGUUGACUACGCUGGUAGUGACUAUCCCACUACCAAGAGUGUUACGCAGUACAUCUACGGCGACCGCUCUGGUACCUACCAGAGUAUUCAACUUGUCUAAGAUGAAUGUUAGUACAUCUAGACUUUACGGUUUUAUUUUGUUUUGGCUACUACAGGGCUGCAUGGAUGGGGAAUUUUUACGACACUGGGAAUUACAUGGUAUGAGGGCAAUGAUUUGGGUUUGGAUGUAAUAAGGAAAUGUUUAUGAUUAAAAGAGAAUUAAUGCACCACUUCAACGAAAAGAAUAUUA